AAAUUUCGUAAAACAAAAUAAUAAUCGGUUAUAAAUUAAUCUCUUAACACAUUCUUACAAGAAAUUAAUAACUAUAAUUUCCAUUAUAAAUGUUUUUCCUCCAAAAAAACGCAAACUUUGCGAAAAUAUUAAUAUUCUUUAUUCAAAAUGUUCAACCGAGUGGCCACGUGGUGAGGAAUUGCAAUUUAAAACGCUUAAUUUUGAUCAAUCCACGAUAUUAUGCGACUUAUUUAUUUUCGCGGAAUGUGUCGUUACGUCACAACUGCCAAUUGUCGGAAGACUACCUGAUGCAUUAGUCACGUGAUACACUUCUCUGGCGUCAAAUACUUUCGUAAACAUUAACUUAUUUAUAUAAUAAAUACCUAAAUAUUAAUUUCAUAGUUAAAUUUGAAUACAGUUGGCGUAUUUUAGUGUAAACGUGAAGCAGUCACGUGGCUUCCGGUCACGUCGUUACUACGAGAAAAUGGCGUCUUCCGCGUUGUCAAGAAUGGUUUGAAAUUAUAAACACACAACAAAUUAAAGCAUCAAUUUCGCUGUUUUAAUUGCGAUUAACAUGCAGAAGAGAAAAAUCUUUAACGAUAUGCCUACUGUUUGUUGUGUGCAUGGAUGUAAUUCUGAUUAUAGAAAUAAUGGUGAACAUGUUACGUUAUUUGCUGUGCCUGAAAAAGAACCUGACAGAAGUAUAUGGUCACAAGGAGUCAAGACUGAUUUUAGCAAAUUAAAAAAUCCUGUUGUUUGUCUAAGACAUUUCGACGAAUCACUGAUUCUUAGAUAUGAAACAGUUCUUAUUAAUGAUAAAGAACGAAAAUUUUGUAAGAAAAUUCCAGUGCUGAAAGCUGGAGCAGCUCCAACAAUUUUGCCAGAUGUUGAUUUAAAUGUACAGGAAAGCGACCAUGUUCAGAAGAAAGAAGAAAUAUCAGAACCUAUGAUUGUUUCAAAAGCAAAUGAAAUAAUUGGUGAGAAUCAUCAAUUUGAAAAUCCUGCUGCAAAUAAUCUUACUGUUGUGUCAUGUUUUAAUAAUGUUGCUCAUGAAUCAGAUUUGUCCAAUAAACCUAAUAUAUCAUCUGUUCUUCAAAAUUCUAAUUCUACAUUGGAAUCAAAUGUAACAGCAAAAGAAAAUCCUGGUAAUAUUGAUUUAAUGAUGGAAUGUAAUGAAGAAUUACUGACACAGACUCAAUUAACUGCAUACCAGAAAAUGGACCAAAAUGAUAAAAUUAUGAAAUGUUUAAUUAAUUCAUCAACUGAUGAAAUUGUUUGUACCACUAAUCAAAAUGUCAUUUUUGCCAACAGUUUUAUUACAAGUAAACCUAUAGAUGUAAAUGUUCCAGUCACUUCUACAAAUCUGAAUAUUCCUCCCAAUACAGUUUCCAAUUUACCUAUAUUAAAUAAAGCAUUUUUCAUUACUCCUCUAACUCCUCCAAUUAUGCCUAUUUCAAAAUCAACAACAACUGUAAAUAACAAUUUACCAGUGUUUACUAGUGGACAAAUUAAUACAACUACCACAAUCAUUGUUGGAACUAACACAUCUACAAAUGUCAUUUCUAAGAUGCCCAUUUUAUGUCUUCCGAAAGAGACGUUUGGUCUUAAACAGACACCAAUAAUGAUAGCGCAAUCACCAAUCCAAGUAGUUCAAAGAAUACCUCGACAAUCAAUUUUGUUACCUAAAACAUCUACUGUUACAAAUUUGAAUAAUUCAUCAGUGAAUACAUUAGCAAAUUCACUUAUAAACAAACAAAAUACUAUUGCUAAUUCGUGCAAAGUACUUGUAGAUAUAAAGACUGGUGCUAUAAUAGGAACCUUAAAUGUACCUCCUGCUGUCUCUGCCGACUCUGAAAAUAAAUCUCCAGUGAUUGGAGAUGAGAAAGCUCUGAAGUCGUCUACUGAAACUGCAGCAGAAAAUAACCAGUGUGAUAACCAAACAGGAAAAAAAUGCCCUGAUGGUACAGAUCUGUCUGAGCUGGAAGAUUAUUACUAUGCAUGUAGACAGCCACAAAGAAAAAUAUGCAUUCCAUCUGAGUCUCAUCUUUUGUUUAAGUGCCUUAAAUGUAGAAUAAAUAUAAAAAAUAAUGUCAACUUUAUGAAUCAUGUUUUUGGUGAUAUGGAUAUAGAACGUGGUAAAAAAUCUUUAUAUGAACUAAGUGAAUGCAACUAUUGUUUUCGCUUUUUUGCUACAUGCACAGCUAUGCAACAUCACAUAAAAUAUGUUCAUUUGAAGGCAAAUUCAGUCAUUUGUAAAAUAUGUAACCAAGAUUUUACUAAAGUAGAAAAAUUAUCAAAUCAUUUGAAAGAAGUACACGUUCAAAAUGAGAUGCCAUACUUAUGUAACAUUUGCUAUUAUCGGACAUCUUUUCAUCAAGAUAUCCUAAAUCAUUUUUAUGAGUUGCAUAAUGAAACUGAAAAACUGUUGUGCCAAUAUUGUCUAAAAGUUUUUGAAAUACAAUUUUCCACAAAAGGAGUGGGUAAUACAGAAGAGUAUUUCUUUCAUCUUCAAAAACAUCGAGAUAGGGAUAUAAGAAAACUGUGCAAAGCGUGUUGUUUGAGUUUUAUUUCCAGCAGUGAGUUAACAAAACAUAUCCUACGCGAUCACAAAAAAAUUGCGUCUAGUAAAGGAGUUGUUCCCAUUAAAUUGGAUUCUGACAAAGUUUACAGACAAAGGAUUCCUAAAAAAUUCAACAAGCAAUUGUUUCUUACUGAAGAGAGUUUGAAUAGACCUUCAUCUGUAUGCUGUGAAUGUGGUCAUUCUAUGAAUGCCAUGCAUUUUGGGAGGUUUCUAAAUUGUGGUACUUGUGAAUAUUCAACACACUGUUCAAAAGCUUUUGUUAAUCAUAUGAUAUACAAGCAUACUAAAGUCAAAAAGAAUGUACAUGCCAAAAGGGUUCUUAAACCUAUUAUUCUAGAGGAUCCAGCAGUAUGUAAAUGUAGUUUUUAUUCAUUCAGGGGUAAUGUAAUAGCCAAUCACUUAGUGAAAUGUAAAAAAUUCAGUUGCCAAAUUGUCUUAAAAAAGAACAUAAUUAGUUAUUUAGCAAAACUAAGAAGUAAAAGAAAUAAGCUAGCUCAAUCUUCACAGAAUAAGAAUACAAAUGCAGUUAACAAAACUUCAUCUGAGAUUUCCAAAAUUUCAGUUAUUGAAAAUAAGAAUGUGAACAAUGCAAUUCUUAAAACACUGUUAAAGGGUACAAAAACAGAAGAUGUCACAAAUCAGGAAGUUGAAAACUGUAGUGUUAGAAGAGGUGAUAUUUCUCAGUUUUUGCAAAAUCAAACUACUACAGUUAAUAAAAUGUUAUCUGAAGCUGUCCAAACUUGUGGUAAAGUCAAAGAGCAAGAAGAGAAAAAUAAUGUUAAUUUUGCAGUCAAGAAUCUACCUUCACUAAUUAAUGUAAAUGAGAAUACACAAUUCCAUCUUGUUCCACUCAUCAAUACUGUUGCUCAGUACAAUUCUUAUGAAAGCAUUGAAAGGAAAGAACAAGAAGAUUGUGCAAAUGUAAUAAAAAGUUCAGAAACGAUACUUCCAUCAGUCGUAAGGACAUUGGAGACUGACACAUCCAAAAAUACAUUUAUGGAUGUCGAUCUGGAUGAAGAAUCUUUAUAUUUUGAAAUAGAAGAAAAUACAGAUGCAAACACUUGGGAUGAAAUUGAAAUAGUAAAUGACUAGUAUAUAGUUUAUAAGUAUUGCAGUUCUGUAUUUGAAUAAGACUUAAUUAACUUUUGAUAAAGUAAUUUUAUAAUACCAAAAACGACAGUGCAUUACCUGCAAUAUUACAUUAGAAUUUUAUUUCUUCACUUGAUGAUAGUUUAAGCAAAACAGAAAGUAAGUUAUUCAUUGUCCUUUAAGUUCAUUCUAUUCAUAUAAAUAUAUGGAAAAAUCUGUCAUAGUGCAUAGAGUUCUACAGAGUUCAUGAAAAUUAAUUCAGCAUUUUUUUUUACACAAAUUAACUAAAUUUUGGGUUUUUAUUAUUGUUCUAUAAUUUGGUAAGUAAAAUUAAUGAUAAAAAAUAUUUGCUACUAAUAUUGCUAGUGUUUAUAUUCAUUUAAUGAUCACAGAAUUUAAAGAAAUUAUGAUUAAUCAUACUAUCCUACAGAAUCCUAUUCCAAGCAACUAUUUCUCUAUAAUUAACUUUGUGAAUAAUAGAGAAAUAGUUGCUUGGAAUAGGAUUCUGUAAUUUUCACAAGCUUGGAAGAAGAAUAGAAUUCCACAUAUUUAUAGAAUUUGAGCUCUCUAAGUUAGAUUCUGUGUAUGUAACUAUGCAAAUUGUAUGCCUCAUAAAGGCUUUGGGUCCAAUGGCUUUUAUGAAGUCCAAGUUCCCUGUCAAUGUGUACAAGACUAUGUGAUUUUAUCUUUCCUGAGUGGUGGUUUUCAAACUGUCAGACACAUCACAUCUCAUGAUGCAAAGAAAUGAUUGAUAUCAUUAUUUUCAAAUACAACUCAUACAUACAUUCAAUAUUCUAUUCACUACUGUUCAUACAUUAUAGCAUCAUUGUAAGUUAUCCUUGUGUUUUGUUGUUUCUAUUACUAUAAUGAAGUUAAUACAAAAUGAAGUUUUAUUUAAUUUUGCAGUAUCUCUGUGUGCCAUUUCACUUUUGUCUUGUUUAAAGUAUAGGAUUUUCCAAACAGAAUGCUACCAUUUUAAAUUACUAUAAUUAUGUUAAUUAUUAUCUGAAAAUGAUUUAAAUAUUUCACAAAAUAAAAAAACCUAUGAUAAUUUCAUAACUGUGUUAAAAAUCCCUCAAUAUCCAACUUACUGCAACAUAUCCAUUUUUUUCUCUUCCCAAAGCAGUCAUGAUUUAAUUCUGCAGCUUCUUCACAUUCCUGGGCAGUUGCACAUUGACAGUGUCUUUCAUAUAGUUCCAGAAGAAAUUGCAGGGUGUCAGGCCUGGAAACCUAGGUGACCAGCAAAACAACAGAUUGUCAUUGAGCCCAUGAUCUGUGAUCCAUCACUAUGGAAGCACAAAAUUGAAAACUUUGUAAACCUCCCUAUGAAAAUGAGGCAGAGCCCCAUUUUGCUGGAAGGUGUAGUUAUCAAAUUCUUGAUAUUACAUGAGGAAACAGUCAUUUUUCCAGCAUGUCCAUGUAUAUGAAUCCAGAAACUGUUCUUUCUAUCAAGAAGAAUGGCCUGUAAAUCUUUGCAAAGUAUAUGGCUCAGAAGAAAUUGGAUAUUGUUGGUGAAAUUUGGAGUUUUUUUUUAUUUUCUAUGUUCAGAAAUAUAUUAAAUUGUUUUCAGGUAAUAAUUAACAUAAUUACAGUAAUUUAAAAUUGUGACAUUCUUUUUGAAAGACCCUGUAUUUGUGUAUUAUCAAAAGACUAUUAAAAAAAAUUAUAUUUUUAAACAAAAACAAAGACAACCAUCCUCAUAUUUGAGAACCACUGGUCUGUUGAGGUCCAAGCUUUCUCUAGAUAAAUAGCCUAACUAAUGAUGUAGUUUUUUUGCCCACUUUUAAUAGGUUUGUGAAUUAUAACUGCUUUGAAGACAUGAUUGUUUCCAAAAUUGAUAAAAAUUAUCUAAAUAAUCUAACUGUGAAUAAAGAGAAUACACUGCCAAUGUUAGUAACAGAUUAUUUUAAAUAAAUAAAUUCUGUUUGAUCAGUUUGUAAUCUAGUGAUAAAAAUCCAUUAUUUGUGUGACCUUGUGUGUAUAUAAGAAGAUUGUUUUUGUUUUUCAUGUAUUUAUUUCAUUUGAUAAUUAUAAACAAAUGAACUAACCAGGGAAGAAUUUAAGUAUGUAUAAAAACUAUUUCCUGUCAGGUUGUAGUUUCUACAACAAAUUAUUUUUAUAUAUAUGAAAAGAAAUCUGGCUAUUAAUAUCUCCACACCAAAUAAUGUUAGAUAUUCACUUUAUAUAGAGACAUAGUAGCAAAUUCGAGUUUUAUCUUACUGAAAUUUUAUCGAUUACUGUACUUUUUUCUGCAUUGUAUCAAUGCACUUAUUCACAUGAUAUUUGUUUUAAAAUAUAUGGAGAUUCAUAGGUUUGGCAGAACUGAAGUAUUUACUUGUGAUACUUUAUGAAAAUCGGACUUCCUAUUUGUGUAAAUAAGACAUUUGUAAAAUUUUGCUUUCAAUUUUCAAUGUUUUUCUUUACUUGUUCGUGUAAUUGUGUUUGUGAUGUCGGUAAAUAGAAAAUGCACAAUAUAUGUAUACCGAUACUCCCUGAAAACAAUUUUGAAGUGUAAAAAUAAUGUUACAGAAGUACUUUUCUUACAAUUCAUUUAUUCUACCGUUAUUUUUUGCAAUAAAAUUAUAA